UUAUCUAUUUUUCCACAGCCAACUCUUGGUUGUUAGAGAAAAAAAGAAAGAAGUGAGGGUAUAUAAGAUGUCACUGAAGACCUUAUGGCAGACAGUAAUAUUAAUAUCAUCGGUGGAUCCUAAGGGCGUCAAUGCCAUCCUGAAGUUUUAAACAGGUUUUUAUUUUUUGUGGGAGAAUGGUAGUAUGCUGAUCCGAUUUUUGUCAACGGGACACAAGCUACAGUUAUUUGGGAAAAGGAACUCUAAAUUGAGAAAAUGCCUCCAUAAAAUUUGCUUGUAGCCUUGCCAUCUCCUGCACAGAUUGCCUUCUCCAGAGAAAAUAGCUCCAGAGGUUAAUUGAAGCUAGGCAGAAUUCACCCAUGCGGCAUCGAAAUCACUCCCGAUGUUUGAGAAUAUCUGCUCCAGAGAGGAAUUGACCCAUUUGGAUUAGGUCACUAGUCACAAUGAAGAAAAUCAGUCUGAAAACCUUCAGGAAAUCUUUCAACCUGAGUAAAAGCAAAGACGAAGCCGAGUUCAUGGUGGUUCAGCCCCAGUCCCUUGCUGGCGACUUCGUGAGAGAUGACUCCUUAUUUGGGAGCUGCUAUGGCAAAGAUGUGGCCAGCUGCGACCUUGGCAGUGAGGACGACAAAGGGAAGAGCAGGUCCAAAAGCGAGAGCCUCAUGGGCACCUUGAAGAGGCGGUUGUCUGCCAAACAGAAGGCCAAGGGCAAGGGCGGCACUGCGCCCACCGAUGAGGACUCCUUCUCCUCAGCCUCAGCGCCUGGUGGCCUCAAAGAAGUGCGCGCCCCACGGCCCAUCCGCUCCACAUCACUGCGCAGCCACCACUACAGCCCAACGCCCUGGCCGCUGCGUCCCACCAGCUCGGAGGAGACGUGCAUCAAGAUGGAGGUGCGGGUGAAGGCGCUGGUGCAUGCUGCCAGCCCCGGCCCAGUCAACGGUGUGCGCAAGGAGCUGCGGGAGCUGCAGCCCAGGGAGCUGCGGGACCUGCAGCCAGAGCCGCGCCCGGAGUCCCGCUGCAGUCCUGGCUCCCCUGGGGACCUGCGCCUCCACCUGGAGGAACACGUGCCUGUAGUUAUCGGACUCAUGUCUCAGGACUACCUUCAGUACACCGUGCCUUUAGACGACGGGCUGUGCCCUCUGGAAGGGCCGCGCAGCUGCUGCCUGGAUACGUCCUCUCCCAUGGAGGUGUCGGCCGUGCCCCUGCCAGGGGCCAGUGUGGCCUGCUCCGAAGACGACAGUCAGCUGGACCAGGACCUGGUGGUAGGCCCAGAGAUCCUUGUGGAUUCAUCGGGAAACGACUUGUUGAUUGGCACCGCAGGAGUCGUGUUGCAGAGCCCUAGGGCAGGUCACGAUGAUGCCCCUCCCCUCUCACCGUUGCUACCUCCACUGCAGAAUAACCCAAUCCAAAGGAACUUCGGCAGCCUCUCCGGCCAGGACAUGCACAUGGCUGACAGCGUUCGCUGCCAUUUGAACUUCGAUCCUAACUCUGCGCCAGGGGUCUCGAGGGUUUAUGACUCGGUGCAGAGUAGUGGCCCAAUGGUUGUUACAAGUCUCACAGAGGAGCUGAAGAAGCUUGCAAAACAGGGCUGGUACUGGGGCCCCAUCACACGCUGGGAGGCAGAGGGGAAGCUGGCGAACGUGCCAGAUGGGUCUUUUCUUGUUCGGGAUAGUUCUGAUGACCGUUACCUUUUAAGCCUGAGCUUCCGCUCCCAUGGGAAAACACUUCACACUAGAAUUGAGCACUCGAACGGCAGGUUCAGCUUUUAUGAACAGCCAGAUGUGGAAGGGCAUACAUCUAUAGUUGACUUAAUUGAGCAUUCAAUCAGGGACUCUGAAAAUGGAGCGUUUUGUUAUUCAAGGUCUCGGUUGCCUGGAUCUGCAACUUACCCGGUCAGACUGACCAAUCCAGUGUCACGGUUCAUGCAGGUGCGCUCUCUGCAGUAUCUGUGUCGCUUCGUUAUACGUCAGUACACCAGAAUAGACCUAAUUCAGAAACUGCCUUUGCCAAACAAAAUGAAGGAUUAUUUGCAGGAGAAGCACUACUGAGAGAUUGGGGUUCAGAAACGAGACUGGAGUACAGUUUACAGACUUACAUCGCCAUUGAGGUCUUUGCUGCCAUAACUUUUAGUUUUUAUGUGUGAAAGAGUCAUCUAUUUGUUCAGGGGUGGGGAUAUGUCUGCCAGGCGUCUUGAGUUUAUUUUCGUUCUUGGAAAGGGGUGUUUUGAGGGUCUAGAAGUGAGAGUUAUCUUUCCUUAAUGUGCAGAAUAAUCACAAUGUGAAUGACCAGAUUCUCCUUAACGCCCCAACCCCCAGUCCUUUGCUGCUAUCCACUGUGAUUCUUAUGCAUUAAAGCACAUUUCAUGUGUAUUCAAUCCUAAGUAAAAUUGAAUGAAACUUAAAGAAAUAUGAAUUGCUAGGACAUUAAAUGGCCCAGUUGAAUAAACGUAUGUGGGAUAAAGCAUAUUUACAUAUACACUGAAAAAUGAUUUUUUUAAGUCUCACACUUUAAAAGAUUUGUUGAAUUAUGAAUUGAUAUAAUCUUGAUUAAUGUAAUGCAAAUCUGCAACAUCUUGUACAACACUUUUCUAAAUUAUUUUUUAAAGAUGUGAUAAUUGUUUUGGUUGUGAGAAGUUGAAUUUUUCUGUUGCCUUCAUUUUCAUCUUGUGGUUUGUCUUUUUUGAUAAAUGGCCUUACAUUAAAAAUCGUAAACAAAUAUAUGCCCAAUUUAGAAAUUGUUGCCUUUUCUGUCAUUAAACUCGGGUAUAAAUUGGCAUAACGUAAAGCCCUAUAAAGCCCAAACCAUUGUUAGAAAGUAAGAUAACCCUGGCUUCUUGUGAGUUGUGUGUGUGUGUGUGGGGGGGGGGGAUUCAAUUAAAUGUUUUAUCUAUACUUUCUUCCAUAAACUUGACAAAAAACAAGUUUCAUAAAUGAGUUGUAUUUUCUUACAUUAAAGUUUAUAUAAAGUUGUAAACUGAUUUGAAUAGAAAAAUUAUUUUAAAGUUGACGUAUCUUUUUCUGUAUAACCAUAACAAUUUAUGGGUUUGACAAUUCUACCCCAAACCAACAACCCUGAAUGAUGUCAGUUAAGUAAUUGGAAAUUGUGAUGCACUGUUUGAGGGAAAAACUAAAACCAUAUUAGAUACCCAGAUACAGUUUUCUUCUUGUGACUGUCCUUUAAAGGUAGCAUUUUGGUUUAUUUGAAUUUAACUAAUUCUUAAAUAGUUUGGCAUGUCUAGUUUUUUAUCAUUGUGAAUGACGUGUCCCGAUUUUAAAAGUUAUUUUGGAAUAUAGACUGUUGAUUUCAAGUUCAGAAUUCUGAAAUGGUGUUAUUAAACUAUUAUAUGAUAGUAUUUAAAGAUUGCCCUUUAAAUACAUUCAGAAAGUAUUUCCAGUUACACAUGCUUUAAAACAAUUACAGGGGUCAAGGUCUUAGGUCAAACUUGCUGGUUUUGUCAUUCAAACACAUCUAUAUCUUUAUAUUUUUCUCUUUUUCUAGGGUCAGAAUUGAGAGAUUACAAGAAAAGGCACAGUGCCAUCAUGUUACAGUGUUAUGGCAUUUUGACUUACAAGGAGCAAGGUACUUUUGAUGGAAUGUUUGUUGGACCUUGUUACAAAGAAUUUCAUUUUCUGAUGUGUUCCUCUUGGAACAUAGAAUACACUGUAAUAAUACGAGCAUUCACUAUUGGAUUAAGAAGUAGUGGAGAGUUGUAGGAUUGUUAUCAAAUUAAUGCAAGACACUUAACUUUUUUUUUUUUUUUUUUUUUACUUUAUUUUUAAACAACUGAAGCAAUGUCUGGGUAAGUUAAAGGUCCCCACAUCUACACCAGAUGGCAGGUGUUGUCACAUAGUCAUUGUAUUGAUGAUCAAUGUCCAGAUGGCUUCAUGUUCCAAACACAUGCAUAUGUCGUCGAGAUCAUGGCUAUAGAAGUCUCAGAACUGUCCCCAACGUGUCUCACAUGAACACAGCUUGAUUCCUACUCUUUGUCGUGGUGCCAAGUAUCAAGAUUAUUCUGAUCUUCAUCUAAUAAUCAACAUUGCGUUACUUUGUAGGGCAAAUCUUUAUUACGAAAAACAACUUUUGACGAACUUCUGAGUUUUCAUACUUAAAAUGACCUGUCCUAAUUCAGUUUGAAAUGAUUAGGUUCUGAUAAUUUGUGAAUAAAAAUCAAAGCGUAUAUUGAGAAAUCAGGUUCACAAGCAGAAAGGUGCAUUGCCAGUAUUUUUGUAGCCAAGACAUCCAUCUGACAGAAGCAGGAAACAACAGGAAAUACUGGCUUUGUAGGAUGCUGUCUGGUAAAAAUGGAAAGAGAAAGAAGAGUCAGUCUCUUGUCUUCUUGCAUCUAGGCCAAGAUGGAAGUUGGUUAACCUGGCUUUUUUGUACUUAGAUGAUACAAACACAACCUGCAAGGCAUUGUGUGUGUGUGUGUGUGUGUGUGUGAAAUAUUUUUGUCAUUUAACUUUUAUUCUUUACAUAUAUUACACCCUGAUCACAAUUUUUCCUAUUUCCCUUCCCCCAGUUUCUCCUUCACCUACUCUCCCCUAGAUCCGCUCCUCCACUUACUUUCAAUAAAACAAAGAGCAGGCCUCCCAGGGAUAUCAACCGAGCGUGGCAUAACAAGUUACAGUAAGACCAGGCUUGAGCCAUUAGAAGGAAGGGUCCCAGGUGUAGGCAGAUUCAGAGGUACCUCCAGCUUCUGCUGUUUGGCCUCCCACAAGAACACCGACCGUAACACGCAGAGGCCUAGCUCUGUAAGCCAUUCUUAAAUCUGCACAUUUAGAAUUCCUAGCUUAAUGCAAGAAAAAAGGAAGCAGGAAAACUAUUCAUUUGUGACAACUGAUUUUUUUUUUUUUUUUUAACUUAAGUAUUUCACCACCAACCACGCUGGAGGCUAAACGUUACUUUGGAGGCUUCCUAUGGCAUUUAACAUUUUUUAUAAAUACUGCUAUGGAAAGUACUUGAAAAAUACCUUGCUUUCUCCAAGGAAGACUGUUUUGUUCUCUUUCUACAAGGUGCAAUAAUCUGAAAAUUUAGAAGAUCACAUAUCACAGUAAAUAACCACAAAACUAAAAAAUAAUUUUAAGGAAACCGGACACAUAGGGCAGCCAUCUUGCUGUUGAAUAAAAUCAUGUGCCAAGAAAGGCUAACUCAUUAGCACUAAGGAAAUAAAGUCUACAUCAUAGUUUCUGAGCCAGUGUUACGGAAGCAGGACAAAAGCUGGUGCAAUCUUACAGGAUUAGGCAGUUUUUCAGUGCUAAGCAUCUCUAACUGCUUUUAGGAAUGCAAACUUUCAUUACUGCACAUUUCAUGUUAUGUAUGAGAGAAACUUAGGAGUGAAUCAGAAUAAUAUAUUUUGAUUUAAAUCUGAAUUUCUUUCAUUGAAUGUGAAGUGUUAAUUAGAACAUGAAAUAACACUACCAGCAAUAGACAGUUUUGUUGAAUAUUUGAUGAGGAACAAUAACGAGUUCCACAAAUAACUUUAAAAUUCUAAAGGUAUUGGUACAGUAAUUAUAAAAAAUUUGACUUUUAAUACUUUUUUGAUCCUCUAAAUUUUUUUUAUAAUAUCCUUCUUAUUGAUCAGUCAUAAUGUAACAAGUCAAAUAUAAACUUUCUGAAAAGCAAUCCAAAUUCUCCAACCAGAGAGGAUGAGGUGGGGUCUUAGACUUUUCUAACAGUCUAUAUUCCUGUUGGGGUAAGGAAGUCUCCUAGUUGGUGUGCCACAAAAUUAAUACCUGCAGUCCAGAUUGCUGUAGUUUACACUUUGUACGUUGUAAAUCAGGUGUGUGCUGUUUGUAUUGAGAACACCACAGAGUGAACUAUCCAAAGUCCACUGAUUUGAUAAGUGUUUUGGUUUGUAAGUGAAUUAUAGUAAUUUCUUGCACAUUUUUUGGAAAUCAAUUGUAUAAAAUUUAUCUGCUUCUAGAUACAGUAUGUAAAUAAAAGUUUGGUUCACAA